UUAGUGAAAAAACCACUUAUUCUAGACUAUAUAAAACUUUUUUGUGCUAUUACGUGUUUUAUUUAAUAGUCAAUAUGAAGAAAGUAUUACAAGUUUUUGCUGUCCUCAUUGCGAUUAUCGUGGGAUCAAAUUCAACAAAAAUAGAAAAAUGCAAAGCAAAAGAUUCACCAAAAAUAAAAGAUCUUGAGGUAAAUCUUGAAGACUGUACUGGUACUGAUGGCCGAUGCAUUUUAAAUAGAGGUCAAACAUACAACUUUGAACAAAAGUUUAAAUCACCGAAAAAUGUCGACAAUCUCGAAGCAGUUGCAACUGCAUCAGUAUUUAAACAGCCAGUACAAAUUACCAGCGCAGAUGACUCUAAUGCUUGCCAAAAUAUAUCAGAUAUGAAUGGCAAGAAAGGAUGCCCUUUGAAAAAGGGCAAAUCGUAUGUGUACAAAAAACUAAUCACAAUAAAAAAAGACGAAAUUUGGGCCAAUAUGAAUAUGCAAUUUCAUUUAAAAAGUGGUAAUAAUACCAUUACUUGCUUUGGACUUCCUAUAAGAGUUCAAGAGAAAAAAGAAUAAGAGACUAAACUUGUCAUGAAACAGAACCAUUUCUUAUAGUCAAAACAAAACUACUUAAUUAUUUUCUUACUAUUAAGAAUGUUAUCGAUAACUCUAUAUAGAACUAUUUUUCGGUUUAUGUAUUAUUUUUUGUUCUAGUAAUCUACUAUACUAGGAACUUAGAAUAAGAAAUGAUUUCUUUAAAGUCAUUUGUUAUUUCAAAUAAAUGAAGCUUUUAAAUAACAAA